AUGGAGGGCCUCGCCGAAUCUCUGGCCAAACAGAUCACCCUAACGGAGGAGGAGGAAGUAGGGAUAUUAUUGGAUCCGUCGGAUGGGGAAUUUAGAGUUUCGGGUAACCAGAUCAGUUUGGUUGGGAGGGUAGUCUCGGCCAAAGAAAUCUCCUUUCACACGAUCAAGUUAAAUGCUCUCCGUCUGCUUGCCCCGGUGAAGGGCUGUGACAUACAACCUCUUGGGAUAAAUACAGUUCUGCUCAAGUUCAACCACGUCCUUGACAAGAAGCACGCCCUCGAGGGAUGUCCUUGGGUUCUCGAGAGGCAUGCGUUUAUCUUCCACGACCUUGUUCCGGGAGAGAUGGCAAAGGAGAUCGAUGUUAGAAUGAUGCAUAUCGUAGUUCGAUUAUAUCGGAUCCCACCAACCCUUAAAACACCAACGGUGGCUAAACGAGUCGCUUCUAGAAUUGGAGAAUUUGUCCAGCUGCUAAAUGAGAAAACCCUCGACGUGUCGGAGUAUAUGCGAGUUAAGGUCUCGCUAGAUGUCAAGCAACGCCUAAAGAGGGGGAUAUAUCUUCAUGAAGUGGAGGGAACGAAAGUCUGGAUUGAUUUCAAAUACGAACGACUCCCCGCCUUCUGCUUUCUUUGUGGAGUAUUAGGGCAUAGCGAGAAUAAGUGUCCAGCUAGAUACGAAGACGAUUUUACAGAUCCUGGUGAUAACCUGCCAUAUGGGAUAUGGAUGAGGGCCCCAAAUUUGCGCGAUGAACAUCAUACCAGGCUUCCACUCCAACCAAUUUCCGAGAAUACUUUGGCAAAGAGGACUACUUCAGCAUCACAUGCAAAUGAAUCCAAUUUUCUUCCGUUCAAAUCAAGAGAGACUCGUGCUGAAGGCCAACCCAACCUUCCCCAAAUGGAGAAUAGUACACCCCUAACCAUCCAUGACGUGGAAUUAAUAAAUAACCCGAUCCAGGUCCUCACCGGAUCAUUGGAGACUCACAAUAUAGGCAGGAAGUUCAUCUCGGUCACGAAAAACAAUAAAAAUAAAAGGGCUAAAGACGUGGCAGACACAGAGCGAGAGCGUACGGUCAAGCGACAAUCUUUGAGCCUUCGUGAUGAAGACUCUACCUCAACGGCGAGAUCUGCAGGGCAGACUCGCCGAUCGCCAUGA